AUGGACCAUCAACAUCACCCCCAAGAGACGACGACGUCCAUAGCGUCGUCAUCUUCAUCCUCUGAUAAAAAAGUGGAUUUAUCACCACCUGCUUCUACUCCUUCUGCUGUUGCUGUUACUGAUGUCCAGCACGAUGAGAAACACAUGCAGCAAAGCUACAUGUUUGAUAAAAUGGGAGCUGAAGAAGCAACAGAUUAUGAGCCUGCUGAGGUGCAGGAUGGAAUCGAGUCUGGAUCAACAAAGCCAAAGCCAUCUAUUUAUGCUAGAUACCGCAAAUUCUUUCAUUUAGCCAUGUGGCUUGUCUUUACAGGCUUUCUCAGCGCAGCUUUUGCCUUACAAGUGCCCAAAGGAUACAGCCAAGAGAAUUUGGUGUUGGGUCUGAUCUAUGCCUAUUUCACACUGUAUUUGUUCUUUUGCUGGGUUCCUCCAACCAUCGUUACCAAACCAUGGAUGUUCUGUCAACGCAAAGUCGCUUCCUUCAUCUAUAGCAACAUGAGCAAAAGAACCAGAACAAUUGCUUAUGGUGCUUUAGUCAUGGCUGUCAUUAUAGCUACUGUGUUUUCAUUCCCUGAAAAAGAGGAAUCGCCUCGUGUGCGUCGUUUGAUUUCACUCUUUGGUAUGAUUGUAUUUAUUGUCGGCACUUGGUUGGCAUCCAAGCAUCGUAGACAUGUCCCUUGGAACACUGUAUCCACUGCACUGUUGAUUCAAUUUUUGCUGGCUCUCUUUGUGUUUAGAUCCGGCGCAGGUCAUGAUAUUUUCAGCUGGCUCGCUUCAUUUGCUCAAACUUACUUGAGCAAGGCCAACUAUGGUGCUGCCUUUGUAUUUGGUGAAGAUGUUGCUGCGUCACAUGUGUUUGCCGUCAGUGUUUUCCCUGCCAUCAUCUUCUUUGCUGCUACUGUGCAAAUGCUGUAUUAUGUUGGCACCAUUCCAUGGCUUCUGAAGAAGCUGUCUGUUGUGUGUAUGGCUGUUUUGGACGUCUCUGGUGCUGAAUCCAUUGUUGCUAUUGCAUCUCCUUUCCUUGGUCAAAGUGAAAAUGCCUUGUUGAUUGAACCCUUGAUGCCUCAUUUGACCAAGUCUGAAUUCCAUCAAGUCAUGACCUGUGGUUUUGCCACCAUCUCAGGAUCUACAUUAUAUGGCUAUAUGGCCAUGGGUGUCUCUGGUCAAGCCUUGCUGACAUCGUGUGUCAUGUCAAUUCCUUGCUCCAUUGCCAUCAGUAAGAUUUACUACCCGGAAACUGAGAAAUCUGUGGUUGCCAAAGUGAAUGAAAUCCACACGGAUAAUGAGACGACUAAUAUUGUGCACGCUGCUGGUAAGGGUGCUAGUGUUGGUAUCAAUAUUGUCUUUUUGAUCAUGGCCAAUUUGAUUGCCAUCUUGGCUCUCUUGUAUGCCGUUAAUGCGUUCUUGACCUGGCUCGGUAACUUCAUUACCAUUCAAGAGUUGACAUUGCAAUUGAUUACUGGUUAUAUCUUUGUACCUAUUGCAUGGCUCAUUGGUGCUGAUGACAAAGAUCUAGUAUCAGUUGGUAGAUUGAUGGCCACCAAGAUUUGGGCUAAUGAGUUUGUUGCCUACCAAGCUUUGACAACCACCUACAAGGGAACUUUGUCUGCCAGAUCUGAAUUAGUGGCUACAUAUGCUUUGUGUGGUUUUGCGAAUUUGGGCUCUGUUGGUAUGCAAGUGGGUGUUUUGGGUGCAAUGGCACCGACAAGAGCUGGUGAAAUUUCUGCCUUAGCCAUCUCUGCAUUAAUUUGCGGCUCUAUGAGUACAUGGUUGUCCGCCUCUAUUGCUGGCAUGCUGGUCUAA